UUCACCAUCAACAAAUUACGUCAUCGCCCAAGCAGAGCGAGGCGACGUGGACGCGCUGCCUUGGGAGGAGGAGGAGGGUGGUGGUGUUGUUGGAAGUGGAAGGAGUCUCUCGUGGGGCCACGGGCGUCCACGACCCCCCAUUCGAACUCGCCCCCCCAAGGGGUCGAUCGUUGCCGGUUACUUUUUGAACGGAGGCCGCCCGCCGCCGCCGCCGUCCCAGCGGCGACUCCUCCACGUUCUUCGCUCAUAUCCACUCGCAAAACAUGGACGCCUCGUCUCGCCUCCACGACAGCGACGGUCGCGGCGCGGUGAAGCCGCGGAAGGAGCUCGCGUGAGCACCUGUAGGCAGGAUCUGACUGACGCAGCAUGCAGGGGCUGACCUUGCAGCAAUAAAAAGGCAGCCCCUGUGGUUCUGGGUCUCGUCAGAGCACCUCAACCCGGAAUCUAGACAAGACAUCCUCCUCCUUGCAACCAACCAUGAGCUGGUUCAACACGUCACACCUGUCCAGCUUUGCCAAGCAGGCGCUGUCCACGGCGCAGAAAUCCAUCGACCGCGUGCUCGACAUCAAGGAGGACGGACUCUCGUGGGACGGCGGCAUCGCUCCCAACCUCAUGCUGGACGGUCCGGGGAGCGUGAUUGGGUCCGGGGGCGAGGCAUGGGGCAGCUCCUCCGAGUGGGGCACGGCACCGCACUCGGAGGAAGCCGACGACCUCUCCCCCGCCAUCACCACGCCCGUGUCGCGCACCCUGAACGAAGACACGGACAGCUUCUUCAGCGCAUUUCUCACGGGAGAGCAGGACACGUCCUCACCCAGGCCUGGCGGCAACAGAGUGAAGGAGAAGGAUGGGACGCCCAGGGCUGAUGAGAAGAAGUCGGAAGAGCCGAAAGCGGUGCAGAGAGGGAUGCAGCUCGGGAGGAAACUUGGCAGCAAGGUGCACAAGUCUGCAUCCAGCGAGCCAAGCCUGCAGCCAGUGUCAGGACCGGACACUGCAUCCCAGGCGAGUUCCUUGGAACGGAAGCCAUCCACAGAAUCGCCUGGUGAGGCAGACAGCGGCCUGCCGAGUGAUGAACGCACGGAUUUCUCAGAGAGCAAGAACUUUGGAGAUUUACAGAGCUCGUGGCAGAUGCCCGACACGGACGUGAGCGUCAGUGAGCAACGAGGAGAAGAAGACGAGGAUGAUACACAGCAGCAAAGUGACGAGUUGGAUGGUAAAGUAGAAGGCACGGACAGCUCGUCGAUAAGCAUGGUUCUAGCAGCUGCUGCGGAAGAAUCAACGCAGAUUGUAGACGAGUGCUCCUACAAUACUGGUGCCACGGCUGAGGAGACAUCGGGCGUGAAGGCACCGCUGAUGGAUGGUGGCAGCGAGGACCGGCAGAGCAAGACUCCGUCUCCUCCGGCAGGGCCUCUUUCUUCCGGAACGUCGAGUACGAGCGACAUCGAGGUGCUGGACCAUGAGAGCGUGAAGAGCGAAAAUUCGGCGAGCUCACGUGCUGACCACAAGGCCGCGCUCGCCCCGCUCGUUCAGGUGCAGUCCUUCCUGCCGGCACCUGGUGACGAUGACCAGCGCUUGUACGAGAGUGGCAGCUCCUCCACCGACGGCUUCGAGAGGAUCGACUCGGUGAGCGUGCGCUCGCUGGAUAGCCGCAGCAUCAGCGAGGUCAACUCGGACGACGAGGUCGGAGGUUCUCGCUUCGCACAGGCCCAGCCAGCCUCCUACGACCAUCAGCAGCAGGAGCGGCCGCAGCACGAGGAGCAGCGAUCCGCCGCGGCAGAUUGUGACCGUGUGCCAUUUGAAGGCUGCGUGCCUACUGACGAGGAUAUUGUGCCGGCUGAAGGCAAGUCCAGUGAGGACACCUUGGAAGUGUCUGGCUUCAGCCAGCACGACGUGGACAGUGUGGAGGAGAUGGAGCGGAGUACCACACCGGUGUAUGAGGAGCAGGCGGUCGCUUCAGACACGCAGGCCCUUGGCGAAACUCUGGACCCCACCGCACCAAAACUAGAGGGCGAGGAGGCCGGCAUGGUGAUGUCCGACGUACGGUUGGAUUGCGACACGGCUGGUGCUGCCCACGAUGCCGCUGCAGCUACCCUCGCGGAGGAGGCGGCGGCGGCACCUCAGGAGCAGGCGCAGGUUGUCACGCAGAACAAGCGGACGCCCAGAGGGCUGGAACACCUUUCCCUCGGAUAUGAAAAAAUGGAACUUCAAAAGAUCAUCGACGAGUUGACGCAGAAGCUGGAGCAGCGGGAAGGUCAGCUGCUUACCGUUAGCAAAGAGAGGGCGGUGCUGGAAGAGGCGCAGGAUAACCUCCAGGACGAGCUGACCCGACUGCGGGACGAGAGCAGCACAGUGGUGUCGCUGCGCGAGGAGUUCACGCAGCGGAUCGCCGACGCCGAGAGGAAGGCUCAGGCGGCCUGCAAGGAGAGGGACGCCACCAAGAAGGAACUGAAGCUGGUCAAGCAGGAUCUGGCCACGCGCUUGAACUCCAAUGAGACUGCAGAGCUACUGAGACAGAAGGACGAGCAGGUUAAGGGCCUUCUGGAGGAAGGCGAGAAGCUCUCCAAGCAGCAGCUGCAGACCUCCACCAUCAUCAAGAAGCUGCGCGCCAAGGAGAAGGAGAACGAGGGGCUGCUGUCCAAGCACAGCAGACACACCCGCGAGCUGGAGGGGGAUCUGCAGCAACUACAGCAGGUGCUGGACGGCAAGGAGGAGGUGGAGAAACAGCACAGGGACAACAUCAGGAAGCUGAACGCGGUGGUGGAGCGGCAGGAAAAGGAGACAGCGCGCCUGCAGGCCGAGCUGCUCGCGCUGCAGGAGAACAACCGCACGCUCCAGGCUGCAUACGACAACGCCUACAAGGAGCUGACAGAGCUGCACCGCGCCAAUGCGUCUCGCGAAAGCGAAGCCCAGGAGGCCGUGCUCAGCCGCGAGGUGCAGGCGCAUGAGCAAAUGCGCCUCGCCCUGGAGCAGCAGCAGGAGGAGGCCAUCCAGCAACACGAGGCACUGUCCAUGCAGGUGACGGACUUGAGACUGGCCCUGCAGAGAGCAGAACAACAGCAGGCGAGGAAAGAAGACUACUUCAGACAGGAGCUCAGCGAGAUGCAGCAGAGGCUGCAGGAGGCGGAGGGCCGGAAUCAGGAGCUGAGCCACGGCGUCUCGACCGCCACGCGCCCGCUUUUGCGGCAGAUCGAGAAUCUGCAGGGCACGCUGAGCGCGCAGUCGGCCUCCUGGGAAAAGCUGGAGAGGAGCUUGUCUGACCGAUUGGCCGAGUCUCAGAUGCAGCAGGCGACGGCCGUGCAGCGCGAGCGCGCCGCCCAGGAGUCGCUCAUGCAGCAGAGCGCGCAGCUGUCGGCGCUGGAGUCGCAGAGCGCGAUCCUCCGGCAGGAGCGCGGCCGCCUCCAUGGGCAGCUGGACAUGGAGAAGCAGCGGCAACAUGAGUUGCAGGAGCAGCAGUCGAGAAGCUUGGUGGAACUGGAGACGCUGCGGGAAGAGCACCUGAAGACCUUGGAGGAAGCCAGAAAAGACAAGACGCUGUUGCUGAGCCAGCUGGAGGUGGAGCGAGCAAAGGUGGACGCGGAAAAGAAGAGGGCGCUGAUCGCUCAGGAAGCCCUCAAGGAGAAGGACCGAAGAGGGUCCCGGGCACAGUCUCUUGAAGGGAUUUCGGUUGUGUUAAGUCACUCAAGCUCCAGCUCAGUCGGCCUCAACGAGAGUGUCAGUGGACCGUCGGCCAGUGCUGUAACGCAGGAGGAAUCGAUCGAGCAGGCGCUGAUGGGUCCUGGAAACGUGUACGAAGCGCUGCGACUGAACGCCGGCUCCAGCGUCAUCGAGAGCCUGCAGUCGCAACUCAAGCAGCGCGAAGGGGAGAUCGCACAGCUCCAGACGGAGAUCGGCAAGCUGGAGCGCACGCGCAUGCUAAUGACGGAGGAGCUCGUGAAGCUGAGCACGCAGAAUGAGGAGCUGCAGGAAAGCGCGGAAGAGGUGCCCAAGCUCAAGGGUCAGCUGAAGGACCUGGAGCAGCGGUACAACACGAUGCUGCAGAUGUAUGGGGAGAAGGCGGAGGAGGCCGAAGAGCUUCGUCUGGACCUGCAGGACAUCAAGAACAUGUACAAGGCUCAGAUUGAGGAGCUGCUACGACAGAGGCCCUCGUAGUGCAGGACAAAUCCUGCUGCCGCACACUGGGACAUGUCAGCCUCCUCAACUCUGCCUGCCCUUACUCCCCAUCCCAUGGUGCCUCUUUCUUGGGUGGCCGUGGGAUGAAGAUGUCCAAAAAUACAUUUUUGGAACAUCACCCAAGAGUGACGCGAAACUAUACUAAUUAUUUUUUGCGGUUAUCAAAGUGACCGCUAACCAGUUAUGGAUCGUACCAUGUUUAGUUUGCCAUUUUAAGUCCAGCCUUCCUCGAUAAUCCAGAUCAUUUUUUCGUCAAAUUCCUUCCCAAUUAAUGAUUUUUUGUUAAUGCUGCAGAUAGUAUGUUGUCAGUACAUCACCACCAGCCCUACUAUUGUCGCAUCUCCUAGUCACAGCUGAAUGUAUUAUCCCAAUACGAAGCUGUGGCUCAAGAUCCCCGUCUGGAGGUGGUUUGCUGGGAGUUCAGUCCUGGCAUGCAGUGUGAUGUCUGCUUUCUCAUCGCCAUUGAUGCCAGAUGCCUCUACAAACAGCACGAGUGAACAUUUACUCUGCGGCGCGCUAAUGCUCGUAGAUCCAUUGAAAUUUAAGAUCACAGCAUUUCUUCGAAACUCUGAAGCACCCCCCCCCCCCCCCCCAGAGGCAUCUGUUGUAAUGUUCUGUCAUUAACCCAUCAUGCAGGCCUGGAUUAGGAACUGUAUAUUCCAUUGUUUGAACACAAGUACAAGAAGGCGGGUGCUGUGUGUGAGAAACGCUUUUCCCACAAUCGCAUUCCGUUUGCGGCAGGGCACAGUAUUUUUUUCCCACCAGCGUUCACAGUUUAAGGGAGCUUAUGCCAAGAGUCUCCCUUGGUGUGAAAUCUGUGGUGUCACUCACGUCAUCGCAAGAAGCCGCAGACCUAUUUACAUCCGAUCGCUGUGGUACAGUCAUUCAGUGUUCCAGCAGGCAGCAUCUUCAGCUGUGGCUGAAGCCAGAUUUUUGGAAGCCUUUUCACUCUUUUACAUCAUUUUCACAAAGCGGUAGGUGAUGUGCUCUAUUAUCACGUCUGCACAGACACUUUUGUUUGUUGUUCUGCUGGCACGUCCCAUCGUUUGUAUGUGACCAGAUAUGUUUUUGUUGCUGUCAUGGUGAUAUAGAUUUAUUAUUGAUGCAUUAAAGCGUUAGGUAUUUUAAUUAGCCCCCCCCCCCUCCUCGUAAAUGCUAAGCUGGUGAAUGGGUUAUGUUUUUAACUGUCAUUGCACUUUUACGGAGAAGUUGAUCUUUUCAAAAGAGAUCACGAUGGCGCGUUUAAUUCUAUAUCAAGGUUUCACCGAGUGUUUCGCACGUCGAGUGUGGAACUCGAGCAUAGCGUCUGCCAUGUAUUAGGGUGUUUGGCCAUGCCAUGGCUGUAAUAUUCUAGACUAUUCUGCGGUGCAUCCAGUACAAGUGGAAAUUUUGGAGUGCCAAGGUCUUUUGUGGUCGUUUGGCAUUAAAAUGCAUUUCUCGAUCCACGAUUUUACGUUUGACUUCAGAAGUGACUGUGUGUACGGUACUGUACAUAAGAGGGUGUAUGUAUGUGUAUAUAUAAAAUCUUGUUAACAUUUACAGUUGCAUGUCGUGGUUAAUUUGCCAUAUUAAUAAACAAGGUCUCCCGUCCAAUCCUGACAAUAUAUACAGUAUCUAAACAAGUUAUUUUGUGGAAAAUGUUCUUAAAUUAGCAUAGUCGAUAGCUAAAUACACGUGCACACACACUUGUGAAUUACGUGAGCUACAUUUGACCUUAGCACUCCACAAAGCCCAUUUAAGAUGGAGGGCCCUGGGGUUAGACUUUGUUGAUUCAAACUUAACAUAGCCUUGAUUUAGCACGAUAUACACUCGAUAUUAAACAUGUAUGCAAUUAGUUGAAGGAUACGGUAUAUGAAAAGAAACUCACGGAUGACAACGUUGGUUAUUUAUGGGGAUAAGCAGUUGAAUAAAAGUCUUCAACUUGU